AUGGUCACAAAAGGAUUCUAUUCCCGCUGGAGCCUUACCCUCCUCUGGGCGCAUCUCUAUCCAUCGGUACUUGCAAGGGACGCGCAACAGAGCCCAGUCCAUGACAGGAGAAGCACCGGGUCAACCAAACCGCUUCUUCAAGAUUUUGACUCUAACGGGGCUUGGUUUCAACAGGUGGCUGAUCUGAGUAACGAUUAUGCCUCUCAGAAUGGCUCCAAUGUAUCGAUCGCCAUUGUAGGUGGCGGAAUCUCUGGGCUUGCCACAGGACUGAUGUUGGACAGUGUUGGUGUCCACAACUGGGAAAUCAUUGAAGCUAGUGACCGUGUUGGAGGGCGGUUCCGAACCAUCUUCGUGGGGGAAACGGAAGAAUUUGCCGAAAUGGGUCCCAUGAGGCUCCCUUACAAAGUCACAUACAAAAGCGACAACUCGACUCAUGAAUACACCGAGCAUCGAAUGACUUUUCAACUGGCCGAAAUCCUCAACACCAUGAACCACAAUGAUCCCAGAUGGAAGAUUGAUUUCAUUCCAUGGAUUCAACAUCACCCCAACGAACUACUGGCCCUUAACACCGGCAGGCAUCCAGACGGCAGGAUUCCCACCCGCGCCGAAAUUGCUGCGAACUCCAGCCUUGGCACCCAAUCUGUCUUAUCAUCAUUGGAAUAUAACAAUACGAAGAAAGAGAUGAAUCGCAUCUUGAAGAACGAAACAUUUCUUAGAGAGAUCCAGGCCGAUGUGUGGAGGGCGCACAAACAUGUUAUGGAUCUGGGCUAUGAUGACUGGAGCGAGCAGUCUCUAUUACGCCAUCGCUUGAACGCAGACGAGAAUGUCACCGACGCUAUUUGGACAGCCACAGACUAUGAUGUUAUUUGGGACGAGAUGGUACAUAACUCCAACUUAGCACUCGAUGGGUCUAGCGACUCUCUCGGAGAAACCGAGUGGAAGUGCGUCGAUAAGGGGUUUAACCGAAUUACUGAUGCUUUCAUCCCACAUGUGUCCGAUAGGCUGGUUCUUAAUCGCAAAAUUCGGAAGUUGGAACCUGUGAAAACAGCAGCUGGUAACGUACGCACGCGACUUUCGUGGUACCCCAGCACAAAAAAUCGCACGUUUGAAUCUAAGGAGUACGACUACACUAUCAUGGCAGUCCCGUUCACCAUGACGCGUUUCAUGGAUCUGCCACAAUUCUCUUCUGUUCUCGAUCGAGCUAUCAGCGAAGCUGGUCUUCGAUUCAAGUCGGCUUGCAAAGUAUCUCUGCUAUUCUCGGAAAGAUUCUGGGAAAAGGGAGCACAACCCAUAUUUGGGGGUUACUCAAAACCAGAAGAUAAGGCUAUUGGAGCUCUUUACUAUCCUGUCUAUGGCUUGAAUGAGUCGCGGCCGGGUCUAAUUACACACUAUCGAGGCGGUGAUUGGAGCGACAGAUUUGUCAGUUUCAGUGAGGAGGAACAUGUUGGCUUGGUUCUUGACGCUAUUGUCAGUCUGCAUGGAGAAGAAACCCGAGAACUUUACACUGGUGAUUAUGCACGUCUUUGUUGGCUCGAGGAUGAACAUACUGCGACAUCUUGGUGUCGGCCUGACGUUGAACAACACAAGUUGUACAUUCCGUCUUACCAUCGCACGGAGCAUAAUACGAUUUUCGUUGGUGAGCAUACGGCUCCGACACAUGCUUGGAUCAGCUCGUCGCUGUAUUCUUCAGUUAGAGGUUCCGUUCAACUGUUGCUCGAUUUGGGUCUUGUUUCUGAGGCCAAGGAAUUGAAUGAACGGUGGAUGGGCCAAUGGAUCAAGAACGAUUGA